AUGCCGCGUAAAGAAGUGGGGCAGCAGCUCCGACCGCAGGCCGGCGGCCCGCCCACCGCCGGACUUUCUUUGCACCAGUGCGAGUAUUUGAGGCAGACUUUAACGCACAGCCUGCAGUGCGCGCUCAUUCUUGUUGGUGUUUACAGAGCUCCAUCUUGGAUCUUUCUCUCCAUUCUAAAGAUCCUCUCUGGGCCCAUCUGCUGCCCAAGCAUUUUACAUUGCUGUUUGGCGUACAAUGUUGGUCUUCCAGAAGCAAAAAUAUUUUCUGGCCCUUCAAGUGAGCAAUUUGGUUACGCGGUACAGCAGUUUAAAAAUCCAGAAGGCAACUGGCUACUGGUUGGCUCACCUUGGAGUGGCUUUCCCAAGAACCGAAUGGGAGACGUGUAUAAAUGUCCUGUUGACCAGUCCACUGCUACGUGUGAAAAACUGAACUUGCAAACUUCCAUAAGCAUUCCGAAUGUUACUGAGAUGAAAACCAACAUGAGCCUUGGCUUGACGCUCACAAGGAACGUGGGAACUGGAGGGUUUCUCACGUGUGGUCCCCUGUGGGCACAGCAGUGUGGAAAUCAGUAUUACACAACCGGUGUGUGUUCAGACAUCAGUCCCAACUUUCAGCUCUUGGCCAGCUUUUCGCCUGCAGUUCAGACCUGCCCCUCCCUCAUAGACGUUGUGGUUGUAUGUGAUGACUCAAACAGUAUUUAUCCCUGGGAAGCAGUAAAGAAUUUUUUGGAAAAAUUUGUACAAGGCCUGGACAUAGGGCCCACAAAGACACAGGUGGGGUUAAUUCAGUAUGCCAAUAAUCCAAGAGUUAUAUUUAACUUGAACACUUUCACAACCAAAGAUGAAAUGGUCGUGGCAACAUCCCGGACAUCCCAGCAUGGUGGGGACCUCACAAACACAUUCAAAGCCAUUCAAUUUGCAAGAGAUUUCGCUUACUCGGCAGCUUCUGGUGGACGACCAAGCGCUACCAAAGUAAUGGUGGUUGUCACAGAUGGUGAAUCACAUGAUGGUUCAAUGUUGAAAGAUGUGAUUGAUCAAUGCAACAAAGACAAUAUACUGAGGUUUGGCAUAGCAGUUCUUGGCUACUUAAACAGAAAUGCCCUUGAUACUAAAAAUUUAAUAAAAGAAAUCAAAGCGAUUGCUAGCAUUCCGACAGAAAGAUACUUUUUCAACGUGUCUGAUGAAGCAGCUCUACUAGAAAAAGCUGGGACCUUAGGAGAACAAAUUUUCAGCAUCGAAGGUACUGUUCAAGGAGGGGACAACUUCCAGAUGGAAAUGUCACAAGUAGGAUUCAGCGCAGAUUAUUCGCCUCAAAAUGAUAUUCUGAUGCUGGGUGCCGUGGGAGCUUUUGGCUGGAGUGGGACAAUUGUCCAGGAGACCUCUCACAGACACCUGAUCUUUCCUAAACAAGCCUUUGACCAAAUUCUGCAAGAUAGAAAUCACAGUUCCUAUUUAGGUUACUCUGUGGCUGCGAUUUCUACUGGACAAAGCACUCACUUUGUUGCCGGUGCUCCUCGGGCAAGUUAUACCGGUCAGAUAGUGCUGUACAGUGUUAACGAGAAAGGCAACGUCACCGUCAUUCAGGCCCACAGAGGUGACCAGAUUGGCUCGUAUUUUGGUAGCGUGCUGUGUUCUGUUGAUGUGGAUAACGACAAAAUUACAGAUGUGCUCUUAGUGGGGGCGCCAAUGUACAUGAAUGACCUCAAGAAAGAAGAAGGGAGAGUCUACCUGUUUACUAUCAUAAAGGGCAUCUUGAGUCAGCACCAAUUUCUUGAAGGCCCGGAGGGCUUUGAAAAUGCUCGAUUUGGUUCAGCGAUUGCAGCUCUUUCAGACAUCAACAUGGAUGGCUUGAACGAUGUGAUCGUUGGUUCACCGUUAGAAAAUCAGAACUCGGGAGCUGUGUAUAUUUACAAUGGUCAUCAGGGCACUGUUCGCACGAAGUAUUCCCAGAAAAUCUUGGGAUCCGAUGGAGCCUUUAAGAGCCAUCUCCAGUACUUUGGGAGAUCCUUGGAUGGCUACAGAGAUUUAAAUGGGGAUUCCAUCACUGAUGUGUCUGUUGGUGCAUUUGGACAAGUGGUUCAACUCUGGUCACAAAGUAUUGCUGAUGUAGCUGUAGAAGCUUCAUUCACACCAGAAAAAAUUACUUUGUUCAACAAGAAUGCUCAGACAGUCCUCAAACUCUGCUUCAGUGCAAAGUUCAGACCUACUAAGGAAAACAGUCAAGUGGCCAUCAUGUGUAACAUCACGCUGGAUGCCGAUGGAUUUUCAUCGAGAGUAACCUCCAGGGGGGUAUUUAAGGAAAAUAAUGAGAGGUUCCUACAGAAGACCAUGGUAGUAAAUCAGGCACAGAGCUGCUCGGAGCACGUCAUUCAGAUACAGGAGCCCUCUGAUGUUGUGAACCCUUUGGAUCUGCGUGUGGAUAUCAGUCUGGAAAACCCCGGCACUAGCCCUGCCCUGGAAGCCUAUUCCGAGACUGCCAAGGUCUUCAGUAUUCCUUUCCAUAAAGACUGUGGUGAGGAUGGACUUUGCGUCUCUGAUCUAAUCCUGAAUGUCCAACAAUUCCCAGCUGCUCAAGAACAGCCCUUUAUUGUCAGCAACCAAAACAAAAGGUUAACCUUCUUAGUGACACUGAAAAACAAGAGGGAAAGUGCAUACAACACCAGGAUUGUGGUUGAGUUUUCAGAAAACUUAUUUUUCUCUUCGUCCUCCCUGCUGGUUGAUGGGACAGAAGUAACGUGCCAGGUUGCCUCCUCUCAGAAGUCUGUUACCUGUGGCGUAGGCUACCCUGCUGUAAAGAGAGGUCAACGGGUGACUUUUACUAUGAACUUUGACUUCAAUCUCCAAAACCUUCAAAAUCAGGCAUCUCUCAGUUUCGAAGCUUUAAGCGAAAGCCAAGAAGAAAACAAGGCAGAUAAUUUGGUCAACCUCAAAAUUCCUCUUUUGUAUGACGCUGAAAUUCACUUGACGAGAUCCACCAACAUAAAUUUUUAUGAAGUCCCCUUGGAUGGGAAGGUUCCUUCCACCGUGCACAGCUUGGAAGACAUUGGUCCAAAAUUCAUCUUCUCCCUUAAGGUGACCACAGGAAAUGUUCCAGUUAGCAUGGCAUCUGUAAUCAUCCACAUCCCUCAAUACACCAAAGAAAAGAAUCCCCUGAUGUACCUGACUGGGGUGCACACAGACCAGGCUGGUGACAUCAGCUGUAAUGCAGAUAUCAAUCCACUGAAAAUAGGACAAACCUCCUCUUCUGUCUCCUUCAAGAGUGAAAAUUUCCGGCACAUAAAGGAAUUGAAUUGUAGAACUGCUUCCUGUAGCAAUGUUACCUGCUGGCUGAAAGACCUUCGUAUGAAAGAAGAAUACUUCAUUAAUGUAUCUACCAGAAUUUGGAACAGAACUUUUGCAUUGAUUCCCUUGAGGAUAACGAAACCCGGUGAGAAAGCAGAGGUACCAACAGGAGUUAUAGUAGGAAGUGUGAUUGCGGGGAUCCUUCUGCUGUUAGCGCUGGUUGUGGUUUUAUGGAAGCUUGGCUUCUUCAAAAGAAAAUAUGAAAAAAUGACCAAAAAUCCGGACGAGACUGACGAGAUCACAGAGCUCAACAGCUGAACCACCGGGCACCCUCGGAGUGGGACUCAGCAGCAUACC